GCCAACAUGAAUAAUAACAACACACAAGCCUUGUUAUUUCCACCCUUAGUAGAUACACCAACACAAGAAUCAAAAGAAGAAAAAGAAGGUGAUUUACUAUGGCAUAAUGUCAAUACGUUUUCUAUUCCAGACGAACCUAUUCUUCAUACAACAACAACAACAACAGGAUUAGCCAAAGAACUCUUCAGACGACCUCAUCCACACUAUGUCUCUCAUGAACAACCCUCACACGCCAAAGAAGAUGGGUCUGUAUUCAAUAUUUCAUGGGGUGGGGAUGAUAAACCACCCAUGGAACUCCAUCCUGAUCCUCAACAAGAAGAAAUCAAAUUAACCAGACCACUGCCUAAACCAAGAGGGAUUCGUAAAUUACCAGAACCCGAGCCCUCUGAAGAUGGUACGAUUGAUGAAGAUACACUCAAGAGAAGAAAGAAUACAGAUGCUGCAAGACGAUCUCGACUCAAGAAGUUUAUGAAGGUCGAUCAACUUGAAAACCAAGUCAGUGCUCUGCAGGCAGAGAAUGCCAAACUUGUCUUGAGUAAUGCUGUAUUGGAAUCAGAAAAGAAGAGUCUGUAUGCAAAAGAAAUCGAGUACAAGAAACGGAUUAAAUACUUGGAGGAUAUCAUGAUUUGUCAAGGCUGGGAUUUUGAUAAGAACUAUCAUGUAGGUAGUGAUCAAUGGUAAAACACAGCCUCCUGUUGAAUGCAUUAUAUGUAAUCUGAUUGGCUUAUUGUUUUAUAUAUAUAAAAAGUUUUUUUUUCUUCUUUUUUUUUUUUUUUUUUUUUUU